CAUAUUAUGUGUUUAUAGGUUAGUUUGCAGCACAGAUGAAACAAUUUCAAAUUUAUUUAUUUAUUUAUUCUACCUAUAUUAAAAGAACAAUCAAAAUUUUUCUAUGAUAGAGUAAUUUUAUUAAAAAACUGAAUAUGGUCGUGUGUAAAUUCUUUCUUCAAGGUACUUGCAAAUUUGGAAGUAUGUGUAAAUUCGACCAUGACGUUAAAGAAAACUACAAUCCUUACCAAUCAACUGGAACAUCCAUCCUGAGAAGUACUAAUUUUUGUGCAACACCAAUACCACAACCAAAAUUAGUACCACAAGAAAAACAAUCGGUGGAUACAAACAUGCUGAUUAAAUCAGUCGUAACUGAUAUGACCCAGGCAGAGAAGGGGGGGCAAUGGCUAUUUUCUUGUUAUGCACCAUUUAAAGAAAAACCAGCAUUUCCUGGUUUUGAAGACCAAAGCUUUGAAGAAUUGAGACAUGGUUAUUAUGAGGCAGCCAAAGUAGGCUCUGUCGAACAGUUUAAACAACAAAUCCAAAAUAUGGUUCAAGAAAUUAUAUUAAAAGUAAGAUCUCUUCAAAAUCCAUCACCAGAUAUAAUAAGCAUGCUUAUUAAUAUUUAUAAUUCUCCUGCAUCACCCCAAGCAGGGGUUUAUACAGGAAACACUCAAACACAGAGUACUUCAAAUUUUAGUUUUAAAUCGGGAGGUAUCAGCCAACAAAGCACCUCUAUAUUUGGUCAAGCAAAUCAGAAUAUAUUUGGAAAUACUCAACAACAACAACAACAACAACAGCAGCAACAACAAAAUUUAUUUAGUCCUCCAACAAAUAAUGUUUUUGCUGGAAAUAAUCAAACUUCUCAAAAUAUAUUUGGAAAUCAACAAGGUACUAAUUUUGGUAAUGUUUCUGCUAUGCAACAAAUACAAUCUAACAAUAGCAAUAUAUUUGCUCAAGGAAGUAAUAAUUUGGGAAUCCAAAAUAAUUCAGUUUUUAGUAGUCAGCCUUCAGCGAUGCCAGUGAAUUCUAAUGCAAUUUUUAAUAAUAAUGCCCAACAAGCAAAUACAACAUCAGUAAACUCUGGAUCAAUUUUUGGCAAUAAUUCACAGCCUUCUAAUGCAAAUGUAUUUGCGCCUCAAAUUCAGCAGAAUAUAUUCCAACCUGUUUCUCAAACACCAAAUUUAUUUGGGCCAGCAAAUAACUCAGUUAAACCUCCCAUACCAAUAACGCAAACUGGUAGCUUAUUUAGUACAGUUCAAAAUAAUCAGUUGCUUCAACCCCAAAAUAAUCAAUUGAUUCAACCCCAGAAUAAUCAGUUCCUUCAGCCUCAACAAAAUCAAGUGACCCAGCCCUCCAUAUUUAGCCAACCUUCUAAUUCAGUUAUGGUUUCCAAUAAUGAAACACCCCAGUCUCAUAAUAAUAAUAUAUUUAGUAAUGCACAGAACACAGCAGCUUUAUCUAAUACUGGAAGAAAUAUUGAUCUCAGUUUAUAUUCAAAAUUAGAAGACUUAACGGAAGAAGAAAUUAAAUGGUUCCAGAGUGAUGAUUUGGAUAUUAUGAAUAUUCCAGAAAAGCCACCUACGUAUGAAAUGUGUUUUAAUAGUUAAUGUCAAUUAUAUCAAUAUUCAAAAUUUUGCAAUUGUAACACAGAAUCAACAUGUUUUUUUUUCAAUCACUUUAUAUGACCUUGAUGUGGUCCCUCUCUAUUAAAAAACGCCUUGAAACUAAAGUUUAAUAUUUAGUAGGCAUAUUAAAAAAUUUCAAAUUAAGUGACUGAAAGAAAACAACCAAGAAAUGUA